GGAUGCUUGGGUUCGCAGUUGACCCUUCUUUCGAAACUUUCGUGCCAUUGUGGACUUUGCUGUUUGCCAACAACGAAAUCUCCGGGGUGGCUUUUAUGUCGAGGGGAAGAGAUAUCGCUGUCUUUUUGAAGCUGCGCCUCCUCUCAGCACGUCGUCUUUCGCUUCCGCCCUGCCUAAGUCGUCCGAAAGGAAACACAGGACAAGUUUUUGCUCGGCCAUCCCUUGAGGUUUAAAUUUUUCCGUCUAGGAGCGCUGUUGGUGUUGGGGGACAUCUGCCAACGCACAUUUCUCCAAGUUGUGAACCGUGAGCAUCCCGUUGAUCGAUAAAAGGCUGCACGCUGCGGUGCUUAACCGUCAGGAAGCGUCGUUCGUCAGUUGUCAGGUGUUGUGUUAAAAGCGUCGGCCGGCCUCUCACGAUUCAUAUUCUGCGGCUCUCCCCGUCUUUGUAUCCUCGGCACCAUGGAGAGAUCAGACAGCGUACUCAGAAUUCCUUUGAAUUCAAAGGGGUCAAUCUUCAUUCCCGAUCCCCCCCGGCAGCCGCCCUUGUUCAAGACUAGCAUUCAACUGGAACUCGGAGAAUACGUGGUACAACAGGCUCCGCUGCUGAGAGAACGUGGCGUCAGUGUCCACGAGAUUUCCCAGAUCUUCACCUCGAUCAAACUCGCUGCGAAAUCCGUCAACAAAAUAAUCACCAAGCAGGGAUCGUUCGGCCUUGACGACGGCGCCGUGAAGAAGCAAACAACGAGCGAAGAUAUUGGGGGUCUUGCCAGCGUGGCAAACAAGCGAUUCCUGGAGGCUCUGACGAACCGCGAGGUCGUUGCCGGUGUUGCAACGAUGAUGGAAGAUGAGAUCGUCCCUAUGGACAACUGUAAAGAAAAGAAUUUGGUCGCGCUGAUUCAUCCUAUGGACGGUACGAAGCAGGUGGACGUCAAUGUGUCGUCUGGGACGAUUUUCUCCGUGUACAAAAGGGUGACUCCAGCAGGAUCUCCGGUUGAGUUACGUGACUUCUUGCAGCCCGGAAAGGAACAGGUGUGCGCUGGGUACGUCUUGUACGGCUCGUCAACGGUCAUGGUUAUCACCGUCGGUUCAGGAGUUCACGGCUUUACGUUGGAUCCGUCUUUGGGAUCUUUCCUCCUCUCUCACGUUAACAUUCGUAUCCCCGAGGACGGCAAGAUCUAUGCGAUCAACGGAGGCAAGGUCAACAAGUUCCCUUACGGUGUCCGGGCGUACAUCGACUACUGUCAGUCGAAAGCAAUCUCGUGUCGGUACAUUGGCUCCCUCGUUGCUGAUUUUCACCGGAAUAUGCUGAAGGGUGGCAUCUACAUCUACCCACCAACAUUCACAGAUCCGACCCCUUCGGUCUCCAUGAUAUUCCAGUGCUUUCCGCUGGCCUUCCUGGCCGAACAGGCGGGUGGCAAAGCAAGCGACGGAUUCACGCGCAUUCUUUUAAUCCAACCUGUUAGCCUGAGAGACCGUAUCGCUUUUUUCUGCGGCAGCAAGCACAUGGUAGACGGCGCCGAGGCACUAAUGGCGCAGUACAAAAUGCGAGACGGAGGCUGGUGUUUUCAGGCCAACAAGACUGCGGAGUUGGGGACUCCGAACGCCGGAAACAAAAGAUGUGCAUAAUGAAGGCCAUGUUUUCUCCGCCAGAAGAAGCGGUCCCGAUGGAAUGCUUUUCCAAGAGACUUGAUCCUUCCGAGACCAGCUUUAUUUUCAGAAUUGUUGACGGCGACGAGGUGAUUGUGGUAAAAGAAAAGCAUGUGAGUUGAGGGCCUGAGACUAGUUCGACGCCUCCUCUUGUCGCAGUGUUAUGGAAAGCAUGAUGCAUCAUCUUCUUAGCUGGCAAGUCUGUUGAUAGCCUCAUUGACACUUGGGAAUUGAAGUAUGUGACCUCAUGUGCCGAUUGGGUGGUUUGAAGCAUGCUUUGUCUUGAAGCGUGGUGCCCCGCAGCGUGGCUGCGUGCAUACCCGGUUCCGACUCUGUCAUUUGUUGAAGGGAGGAGAAGGUGGAAGGCUCCUAGUUGCGCACAGUGCGUGAGGAACGUUCAGCACGGACAUGGCGCGUGUGCCGGCUCUGCACAAAUUGCUUGUCCGAGCCGGCUCUGUAAAAUUGUUGCCUUUGUAUCUUGUUCCCCGUUAACGGUCUCCGCUCAUUUGUUCAUAUUUUCACGUCUGUAUACUAUGGUGUACAAUGUGGUCGUGUAUUUAACACAGGAGUGGAAGGUGUUAUUGUGCGGUGAAUCGUGGUCCAUGUGCAAGACCUGCAUCAUGCGUUUUUGGGUGACGAACCCUCCGAUAUAGCUCCUUCGGCUGAUGUGAACUAGAAGGAUAAGAUGGGUGAGAAACGAUGAGAAAACUGUUUUGUUGAUAUUGCUGCGUCAGUCGUGUUACGAGAAUUCAGGCAAGACUGAGAAGCACAUGAUUGGCUUGUCCAUCGCAUACCAUUAUAGAUUUAUGGUGUCAGCGGCUUUCGUGUAGACUUAUUGAGUGUUUUUGACGCGAGCAUAUUCGCGGGACUAUCGAAUACGCUUAGAGGGCGCGAGCCGGGGCGGCUAACGUGAUCAGCAUCCUUUUUUCGGAGUACGGAAAUCGAAACCAGAUGGUAACACUGUGAAGGGCCAUGAAAAUUUCCGAAAGCCUAGGUUCAUCAGAGUUCAUAGAUAUGCUCGCACUUACUUCCCAGUCAAAGAAUGUUCAGAAAGGCACCGCUUCAAUCUUCUUUGCAUUCUCAGGAUUAGACAGUCGCACUGCAGUACUGUCACCGCUCCAGAAAUACGCGUCUUCUCAAAUCAGAAAGUCGAAGUGCUACACGUGUCUCACGCAGGGUGAAGGAGCAUGCCAUUACCGAUGUAGUAUCAUCUGAUCGUAUGCUGGGGUGCCGCCAGUAAACGUCGGGAGCGGGCAGCCAUCCUUCACAGGAUCCCCAGAAAAGAUGUGGACGUUUGUGUUGCGCGAACCUGUGAAGUCCAGCUGAUUAGGAUUUGAGAACUGAGUGAACGAUUGAAGUGCGGUGAAACGGCCACGCCACGCUGGUGAACCGGAUGUGUUAUAUGCCUGUUGCCGUGGUGUCAGUCAAAUUCUUAAAAAGAGAACUAUCAUUGCCUCCCGAUGCCUCAGAUAUUUCUGCUUACACGAUUUUUAGUCGAAGUUUUCUAGCUUGCUGUAGCCCGGCUCUCGAAGGACUGAAUUGUUUUAAGAGAGAAGCCGAAAAUGGUUGCCUCAUUUUUGCACCAGUUUUUAUGUU